GUUGGCAACGCUGCAACUAAUCCGUGUCAUGUUUUUUUCGAGAAGAAACCAGUACUUGAUACCAGCGAGCCACAUUCAUAUUUCGUUAGUUAUCGCCUUUCAUAGCGUUCCUAGUCGUCUGUGAAUUUUGAAUUGUAAUUAAGGUGGUAGAUCGUUCCUAAAUGCAAGGUCAAUCAAUGGCCAACGGAGAUGCUCCGGUUACAAACGGAAAGCCAGCUGUGCAUAUCGGGGCCUAAAAUUAAGUACGAUUGGUAUCAGACCGAAACUCAUGUCGUUGUGACGAUUCUUGCGAAACAUUCACAGGACGUAAAAGUUGAAUAUGGCGAGAGGACGCUCAGUGUAUCGGCAAAACUUCCAUCUGGAAAUGAAUACAGCUUAGAGCUUGAUUUGGCACAUCACCUCGUCACUGAGCAAUGCUCAUACAAAGUUGCCCCCUCAAAAAUAGAAAUCAAGUUGAAGAAACGUGAUGGUCUGAGAUGGACAGUCCUUGAAGGUAAUCCAGAAAUCGAGGACACAAUUCAACCGAUACCACGGGAAUUUCUACAGGCUGAUCAUCCUCCAAAAUAUCCAAGCUCAAGUAAAAAGUCCAAGGACUGGGACAAAAUGGAGAAAGAAAUUGCUAAACAAGAGGAGGAGGAAAAGCCUGAAGGGGAGGCUGCUCUGAACACCCUUUUUCAAAAAAUUUACGGAGAUGGUUCCGAUGAAGUUAGACGUGCCAUGAACAAGUCCUUUCAAGAAUCUGGUGGAACGGUAUUAAGUACAAAUUGGGAAGAGGUUGCUAAAAAACAAGUGGAAAGAAAACCUCCUGAUGGCAUGGAAUGGAAAAAGUGGGACGAUUAUUGUGAAUACGACUACGAAAUCGAGGACACAAUUCAACCGAUACCACGGGAAUUUCUACAGGCUGAUCAUCCUCCAAAAUAUCCAAGCUCAAGUAAAAAGUCCAAGGACUGGGACAAAAUGGAGAAAGAAAUUGCUAAACAAGAGGAGGAGGAAAAGCCUGAAGGGGAGGCUGCUCUGAACACCCUUUUUCAAAAAAUUUACGGAGAUGGUUCCGAUGAAGUUAGACGUGCCAUGAACAAGUCCUUUCAAGAAUCUGGUGGAACGGUAUUAAGUACAAAUUGGGAAGAGGUUGCUAAAAAACAAGUGGAAAGAAAACCUCCUGAUGGCAUGGAAUGGAAAAAGUGGGACGAUUAGACAAUUCAAAAAUAUACUUGAAACAUAAAUUUAAUGGACACAAAAAAAAAAUACCAAUGAAAGAUUUCUUUUUUUUACAAAAAUGGGUCGCUGCAUGAGAUGGGCAAACAAAAAAUUCAAAAAUUAACAAUUAAACGUAUAUUUAAAGUGCACA